AUGGGUGAAGAAAGUCAAGCCGGUGACGGAAAAGUUACGUUAAAACGUAAAAUUACUCUAUUUAACGGUGUUGGUAUUAUUAUUGGGACAAUAAUUGGUUCUGGAAUCUUCAUUUCACCGACUGGAGUUUUUCUUUAUACGGGAUCAGUAGCGGCAUCAUUACUAAUAUGGCUCGUGUCGGGACUGUUAUCGACUUUAGGGGCACUUUGCUACGCAGAACUCGGCACCUCGAUAUCCCGGUCGGGAGGUGAUUACGCCUACAUCUACACCGCAUUUGGACCCUUGCCUGCGUUCCUAAGAAUGUGGAUAGCCCUACUCAUCAUAAGACCGACCACGCAAGCGAUCGUGGCACUUACAUUCGGACAUUACGUGGUUAAGCCCUUCUUCCCAGAAUGUGAUCCACCACAAGACGCCGUAAAAUUACUCGCAGCUGUAUGUCUAUGUGUGCUGACAGCAGUUAACUGCAUUAGUGUGCGAUGGACGAUGCGAAUUCAAGAUGUAUUUACGACAUCGAAGCUUUUGGCCCUUGUUGUGAUCAUUAUAUCAGGAUUGUACUACAUUGGUAUAGGUCACGUAGAAAACUUCCGGAAUGCGUUCCAAGGCGAAUAUAGUGCAGGGAAUGUGGCCUUAGCUUUCUAUUCGGGUCUUUUCGCUUUCGGCGGAUGGAAUUAUCUGAAUUUUGUCACCGAAGAACUUCAAGAUCCUUACAAGAAUUUGCCGCGUGCUAUAUGGAUCGCUAUGCCCAUGGUGACUAUUAUAUACGUGAUGGCAAACUUGGCCUACUUCGCUGUGGUUUCGAAAAUGGAGAUGAUGUCCAACCCUGCUGUUGCUGCUGUCUUCGGUGACCGUCUCUUCGCUGGUUGGAGCUGGCUGAUCCCGGUGUUUGUAGCUUUGUCUACAUUCGGGGGUGUCAACGGAGUGUUGUUUACGUCAGCUCGACUCUUUGCCACGGGAGCUCAGGAGGGUCACAUGCCGGGAUUCUUUACCUUGUUCCACGUGGACAAACAGACUCCCAUACCAUCGCUUAUAUUCACAUGUUUCUUCUCCCUGUUGAUGCUAACGACGAGUAACGUGUUCGACCUGAUCAACUAUUUCUCUCAAACGCUAUGGCUAUCAGUCGGCGCGUCGAUCGUCGGCAUGUUAUGGCUUCGACGAGCAAAACCAGAUAUGCCGCGACCUAUCAAAGUCAACCUGAUCAUACCCUACAUCUUCCUUAUCGCCAUCGGCUGCCUGGUCUUUAUCCCAGCCAUAACCAACCCAAAGGACACAGCGAUAGGUUUAGCUAUCCUUCUAUCCGGUGUUCCAGUGUACUACAUCUGUGUGAGAUGGAAGGGCAAACCUGAAUGCUAUCACGCUUUCUCCGGUUGCGUAUUGAGAUUCAUGCAAAAAUUAUGCGCUUGCAUUUACGUUGAUUCGUCGGAGAAGAUGUCCAAUUGAAUUGUAUUUAAACGAUUAUAUUUGAGCUUUCUUGAAUAAUGGACCAAUGUGUUGUAUUAUAACGUGAUAACUAUAAUGUAUUUAUUGAAUGUGUAGUAUUAUAUCGAUCCAGAGUUUGACAAUACAUAUUGAUUGAUUUUGACGGUCGCUUGAGCAUUUUUUAAUGAUAUAUAAUAGUUGUUUUUAUACAUUUUUAAGUAGUGUAUGUUCAUCGAAUAUAGUUUUUUUUUUUAAUAGAAAUUACUCAAGACUGAAGCUGAGUAAGACAGUUACAAGCCAGGAUGCAUAUUAUAUACGUGUAACUAAAUUUACUGGAUUAUUAAAAGUGUUUCAAUAAUUGUAAAUGUAUUCAUAUAAAUGCAAGAUAUCAAAAAAAAAAAAAAAAAAAAAACGCAAAUAAAGCAUGUAACGGUGUCUUAUUUAAAUUUUAUUGUUCGACUUAAUAAACAUAUGAAUAAUGGGAACAAGAAAUUAUACAUGUAGCCGCAAA